UCCCCCAAGAAGAGAAGCGUGUGUAUUCUCUGGAAGAAAUUAUCUACCGGUUUGUUUGUGGUAUAUGCGAUAUCCCUGCAUAUAAAGUACUUACAAUAAUGUCAUUUAACCGGUCAAAUGACGGUUGGGGUGACCCUUCACGGUCAAAGAAGAGGAGGUUUGACCGGAACCGUGGACGGGGCUACCAUGGCGGCAGGAGGAAUGAUUACUAUUCUCAGAAUGACCAGUUGACGGAGCAAGUGCAGGGCUGGAUGCAGUGGGUGGGGUCAGCAGGUGGCCCCCCGGGGUACAUGUCCGACCCCAGUGGUGGGUGGGGGCAGCAGGGGUACCAGCAGGACGGUGGGUACUGGAGCCACCCAGGCAGCUCGCAGCCGUACUAUCCCUCAUACAAUGAAGAAUCUGAGCCUGCUAUUUUAACAGUGGCUGAAAGACUGGAGAGGUUAGGUGAAUAUCUCCGAAGGUAUCACAGCAAUAAUGAUGUUCAGGUGAUUGAGAAGGGAGUCACUGCCAGCCGUUCAGGCCUCCGAGCUGAUUACAGCCACGAAGUGGUUCACAAGGUCGGCAAGAAGUACAUAUUCACCGGAUGUCUCAAACUCAAUAAAGUGUUCAUAGCCCGAAGUGUUGGUGGAGACAAGCAAAGAACGAAACAGUCGACCUACAGAAAGGCGAUCAACAUCAUCCGAAACAAAUCCAUCCGACACAUACUGGGGCUGAGGGAUGUCGGCAUACAGAUUCUGAAAAUUGAUGCCAAAUCCUUCUUUAAAAAAGAUGAAGAGUACGAUGACCCUGGUGCUAUUGCACUGAAGAGGUUCAUUUCAAUCGAGAAAGGAGAGAUGCAGGUUGACAUCCCAGAAGGAACAUCCAUAGACCAAGUACUGAAGGUGGAGCUGACAGAUGACGAGGUGAAAGAGAAGCUGGCGGCUGUUGUUUCCUAUUGCCUAGAGACGACGCGACAUCCUAAUGCCUCACUGAUGCACUUGUUGGAUCGGAAUGUGUUCCGGAUGGGGUUGGAGCCCAAGUGUAUCGUUAAGUUCCUUGAACCGGAUGAAAACCGACCAGCCGAGGAGAAUGUUAUUUGUGAGUACUACUUGCAGAAGGUUCUGAUCGGAACAGGGAAGGGGGAGACUCGGGCAAACGCACAUGCUGCAGCCUACGAAAACGCCUACCAUAAACUCACCACCAUGACAGGCGAGGAGGUUUUUGAUGCAGGCAAGCCGACACCAGAGGAGGAAGAGCUAAAAGUGGCCAAAACUGAAGUGUGGGCAAAGUCAAGAACGGAGGGUGUAGAGUCAAACAUUGGUCGCUUAAAACUCCUUAGACGAGAUCCCAUACAGAGAAACAAAGAAUGGAACGAGAUGGUUAUUGUGGAGACACAUGAUUGGUCAUUCAAUCGAAGAAAAAAUGCAUACAGCAUCUUGAUGAUGAGCGCGAUGUGGAACGGGAUGCUUCUGGAGUGGAGGAUUGAACCAGACGAAAAGGGAUACAGAUGUCAGAUGAUCCUGCAGCAGACGACGGUUGGAGAGAGGCAGUUGCAGGGGACCAGCACAGCAGUCCGGUAACUCUAUCAGCUUGCGGAUGCUCUCUUCAAAGUUCUCUGAGACUCAGACUGUGCUCAAAGUGCUCUCGACAAAGGAGUGCAAUGACAUUGUGGUGACAGCAGAAGAGAUUACGCAAAAGGGUGAGGAACUGAAGGCCGAGAGUGGAGAUACUGGAACAGAUGACUUCAUCAUCGUCACCCGGAAGAGGUACUUUCG